AUGGAGCACAGAUAUAAUGUGUUUAACGAUACUCCGCGAGGGAACCAUUGGAUGGGCAAUUCUGCUUCAGGAUCAGCACAUCCAUCAUACAAUGAUCGUUCCAGUACAAGAAGUACACGACGUUUCCAAUACAACGACAGCGAAACUAGCGAAGAAAUUCGACCUCCACGUUCAAGAAAAUUGGAGGAUUUCAAAAGUAGUAAUUUGAGGGAUGAAAACUCUAAGACACCAGAACGUUACAGCAAAGACCGCUACAUUAGCGACGAUAAAAAGGUCAAUAUUAAUUCGUUGCCUCUAAUAUCAACUGACGUUCUAGAAAUCUCCAAACAAAGGACCUUUGCCGUAAUACUGUUCUUAAUGAUUCAAUGUUAUAAAAUAUAUGAUCUGGUUAUACUAAAAUCCGGAUUACCGCUGACGGGUUUGCUGUUUAAAAAUUAUCGAUUUAAUUUCGUGUCCAAAUAUUUCAUUAUAGAAUCCUUAUUCCUGUAUGUUUUGCCAUCGUUUAAUAUUCCAAAACUGAUAUUUAGACCAUGGAUGGUGUAUCUUCAAAUCUUAACCAUGACGGCAUUGAACAUUUUUAUAUCAAGCGAUCGUGAGCUCAUUCUGAUUUCAUUGAUCAUGACCACCUGGCGGAAACUUCAUACGAAGGAAUUGAGUGUAACAGGCACAUCCAUUGAUCAUCGUCGUAUUGUUGAUUCUUCCGCCCAUUUUAAAGGUGCUCUAACAAUUAAGAUCCUACCUGAAAACACUGCCAUGUUCAAUCCUUUGCACGAAUCAUAUUGUUUGCCAAUGGAUACCAACCUUUUUAAAUUUAACUCUGUUGACGUGCCCAUUAGAAUAAAUUCGACUGAAGAAAUUGAUUAUAUCGAGCUUGAAUACAGGGAUCUCUACACGAAUGUAGCAGAGCAACGUUCUUUGACUAAGAAAGACUUCAAAGUUAUCAACAACCCCAAGAUCUUACUGAAGAAAGAAAACACAGUUUUAAAAACUAAUAAGAAAGACUUCGAAGAAGAUAGCACAAUUCGUUAUUUAAGUUUGACUCUUAAUGACAUUGGAUUCUAUCAAAUCAAGAAAAUUGUUGACUCCAAAAAAUUAAAUUUAAAAAUUUACCAAUCUCACCUGAUUGUCUCUUACUGUCCAAGUGCUUCAAUUACCGGAACCGGGAGCAAUGAUAGAUGUAUUGGUGACUCGGAUAAUGUAUCUCUUGAAAUUCAAGGUGUGCCUCCAAUGAGGUUAGCCUAUUCUAAGAUUGUGAAUGGUCAGGCAUUUUCCUAUGUAGACUCCAGCUUGCAGCCAGAAUAUUUUGAGUCACCCUUACAAUCAAGUAAACCCAAACAAAGCUUUACCCAAGAUGAAUUGAACGAUCUAAAAUGGGGCAGAAAUCAGCCUGUUAAUAUAAAUUUAGACUCUUCAAUUACCCAAGACGGUAAGUAUGCAUAUAAAAUUGAUAAGUUGAUUGAUGGCUUGGGAAAUGUGGUGGAUUUUACAGAUUUCCCUGAGGAAUUAAAAAAACGUCAUGGCUUAUCCUAUGAUUUCAAUGUUCACGGGAUUCCACGUGCAGCUCUAGAAGAGCGAUUUGAUUCUAAAUCACCUACAAAAAGAUCAAUCGCUAUUGUAUUGGAAGAAAUCAAAAGCUGGGCUUCAGAUAUUCCGUAUGUUAUUAGUUUGUCCUAUGUUGACGCCCAAGACAAAUCUAAAAAAGACAUGAAUAUCACCACAGAUUCUUUGACUAAAGUGUUUCAGGCUGAUCUUCCAGGGACGUAUAAUUUAGAAUACGUCGAAUCCAAGUUCUGUUCUGGUGUAAUUGUUGGCAAAUCAAAUGUUAUAGUGACUAUGCCAGUCGCACCUACUAUGGAAGUUAAAUCAUUUCCAAUCUUGGACCAAUGUGUUGGACAAGUAGGAUUAAAUUUCGAGUUAUCUUUUACCGGUGCUCCACCCUACUAUUAUAAUACUAAGAUCUAUAAACUUGAAAACGGUGAAAGAAAGCUAUAUGACGCAAAAAGAUAUACCUCCGAAGGUACCAGAAAUCAUUUUAGUUAUAGUCCGUCCAAAGAAGGUAACUAUGAAAUCGUAUUUGACAAUGUCUCUAAUAAGCUGUUUACGGAACCAAUCAAACUAGAACCGGUUAGAGAUUACACCUUUAAGACUUCAAUGAGAGUGAAGCCAAGUGCAGCACUGAAACUCCACCAUGAUUUGAAGCUUUGCUUGGGUGACCAUAGCAGUGUUCCUGUAGCUCUAAAAGGUCAAGGUCCUUUCACAUUAACGUAUGACAUCAUAGAAACAUUUUCAAGCAAAAGAAAUACUUUUGAAGUUGAAGAUAUUAAAAUCAAUGAAUAUGUCAUUAAAACUCCUGACUUCACCACCGGUGGUGACUACAUUUUAUCUCUAGUUUCUAUCAAAGAUUCUUCUGGCUGUUUAGUCGGUCUCAGCCAACCGGAUGCUAGAAUAAAGGUAAGAAGAGAUAUUCCAUCCGCCACAUUCAAUUUUUUCGAACCUGUCAAAGAAGUCAAAAUUAAGCAUGGCUCUGUUACUGAAAUACCGCUCAAACUAAGUGGAGAGGGGCCAUUUGCCGUUAAAUUUAAACACAUGGAUUACAAUGGAAAAGUUCUCAAAGAAUUUGAAAAUAAAUUCCAGAACAGCUACAAACCAGCCUUGAGAGUGACUAGAGAAGGACUUUACCAACUGGUUGAUAUGCGCGACUCAAGUUGCCAAGGUAAAAUAACCAACGAAAACAGUGUUUAUAAUGUAUCUUUCUUAGAGAGACCAAGCUUUGCUGUCCAGAAUAACCAUCACGUCAAUAGACUAACGAGUAAUUUAUUUGCCAAGGAAGAUGUUUGUCAAGGAAUGGAGGGUACUGUUGAUUUGGCAUUAUUUGGCUCGCCGCCGUUCGUAUUAGAAUACGAUUUGAUGGCUCCUAAUGGUCAUAUUUCCACAAAAAAGAUUCAGGUGGCAACCAAAUACGCCUCUUUAAAAUUGCCCAAUCAAAUUCCUGGAGAGUAUAUAACUACUAUUAAAGCCAUUUAUGAUGACAAUUAUGGUGAAACUGACACACACUCUGAAGAGUAUCAGUCAGAACUCGUGAUCAAACAGACCGUGCAUCCUAUUCCAGAUGUUGUUUUUGCGGAUGGAGGUAAGACCAUGCGCGCAUGUGCUGCAAAUGUAGGCCAAAUAUCAUUUUUAGAACCAAUUAAUCUGAAAUUUUUGCAAGGUGAAAGUCCAUUUUCAGUUACUUUUAGCGUUUACCACGAGAGUACAAGUAGAACGGAUCAAUAUACUAUCGAUAGCAUUGACUCGGAAAACUUUUCCUUCGAAAAGUUGUAUGAAGGCAUGAAGUUAGGUAAUCAUGCCAUAAUAAUAGAUUCUGUUGUUGACGCAAAUGGAUGUAUGAGCAAUGUUAUUUCUGGGCCUCGUAAUCAAAUCCUCGUAUCUAUUACCGAUGCGCCCAAGAUACAUAUACUAGAUCCUUCUACUGAGUAUUGUGUCGGUGACUACGUCGCGUAUCAAUUAAAUGGUGUAGCACCGUUCAUGAUUAAGUAUGAGUUUAAUGGUGUUCCAUUGAAGUCUAAAGAACGCAGCUCCCAAUUUGUGAGAUUGGCAUCUGAACCGGGCGUUAUAUCCAUUACUUCUCUACAGGAUUCGUCAUCACAAUGUAUUGUCGACUUCACGAAGCCUGGAUUGAAGAAUGAAUUUGAUGAUUUAUCCCUGAAUAUACAUCCAAUUCCCUCCGUUACUGUUUCUCAAGGAAAUUACGUCACUGAAGACAUUCGCGAAGGUGACCAGGCUGAAGUCAUCUUUUCAUUCGAAGGUACGCCACCGUUCUCUUUAACUUAUGUAAGGACAGAAGAAACGGAUGGCAAACACGGCAAAAAAAGAUCGCAGGUUGUUGAAACACAUAAGGUCACUGAUAUAUAUUCCAAUGAAUACAAGGUAGUUACAAGCUUGCAGGGUACUUACGAGGCGAUCGAAAUCACAGACGCUUAUUGCUUUGCUAAGAAUGAUCUCUUUUUCAACAACUGA